AUGCGGUACCAUCUGAAACUUAGGUCGGCUAUCCAUGAUCCCCGUGGUCUUGAAUCAAAGGCUGGUUUGGUCGCCGUUGUGACAAUUCGGGCCCACCAUCGUCUAUUUACAAAGCCACCGGAAACUCCUUUAUCCUACUUUUUCUCAACAAUUGACCUUCGUUGUAGUUGUGACUUUAGCUCAGUGAGCUCACUUCCUCCAAACUUCUCUCCAGAGAGCCAAUAG